AUGUCCAAGAUCGUCACGGUCAUCGGAGCCACUGGUAUCCAGGGUGGCUCAGUCAUCAGAGCGAUUCUCAAGAACCCCAGUUAUACCAUCCGAGCUCUCACCCGCAACGUGGAAAGCUCUGCCGCUCUAGCCCUGAGAGCUCUUGGUGUCGAGGUUAUUCAAGGUGAUAUCAACGACAUCGACUCCCUCCGUGUAGCCUUUGACGGCAGCUACGCCAUCUUCGCCGUAACCAACUUCUUCGAGAAUAUCCCCACACUGAGCAUCAAAGAAGCCAUGGAGAAAGAGACACGCCUAGGCAUCAACCUAGCAGAAGCGGCCGCCUCGACAAAAUCUCUAGUCCACUACGUAUGGUCGACUUUACCCAACUCACGUAAGAAUACCAGCGGUACCGUCGUAGUCCCCUUCUUCGAGAGCAAAAACGCCGUCGACGAAUACAUCAAGACGAAGCAACCGGAGCUGCUGGCCAAAACUACCUUUCUCCGCUUAGGCUGGUACGCAAGUAACAUGGCAUACCCGUGGUUCAAGCCCAGCAAAAUACACACUACAGAUAGCAGUAAAGUCCAUCUCCAGGUCAUCAGCAUGCCACCCUCAGUCACUAUACCGCUCCUCGGUUGCGAAAAGGUAAAUGUAGGCCUCUUCGCAAAGGCUAUCCUCGAUCAACCGGAGAAGACGCUGCCAGCCGGGACCGUGGCGGGUUUUGCUGAGAAGAUGUCGUGGAAGCAGAUGGUACAUUUUUAUGCAAAGGCGCAUGGCAUCGAGGUCAGAUGCGCACGCAUCUCCAGAGAGGACUACCGAGCACUUUGGCCAGUGUGGGGUGAGUUGAUGGGUGCGGCGAAUGAAUACUACGAGGUUAUGGGGCCUGGGGGCAUGCUGGGUCGCGACGAAGAGGAAAAUGUACUGGGGAGCGAGGAGCUGGGUGUGCAAGGGCUGGUGGGGGUUGCUGAUGCAUUUGCUAGGAUGAAGAGUCUCGAUUGA